AUGGCGUCGGAGUGCAAGAAAUGCGGCAAGAUUUUGACCUCGUUCGUCGAUCCCCGACAAGCCUUCGGGCCUGACAAGGUCAUUCCGCCCUCUGUCCUCGCCUCUGCGCGGGGUCUCGCCAUCCUCACGGUUAUCAAGGCCGGCUUCCUCGGCUCCGCCCGAUUCGGUAGCGGCCUCGUUGUCGCACGUCUUCCUGAUGGCUCUUGGAGCGCACCGAGCGCGAUCGCGACUGCUGGUGCGGGUUUUGGUGGCCAGAUCGGUUUCGAGCUGACCGAUUUCGUCUUCAUCCUCAACGAUGCCAACGCAGUCAAGACGUUUUCGCAAGCUGGAUCCCUCACUCUAGGAGGCAAUGUGUCGAUCGCAGCUGGCCCGGUAGGCAGAAAUGCUGAAGCUGCUGGCGCUGCGAGCUUGAAGAGUGUGGCCGGAAUCUUCAGCUACAGCAAGACGAAGGGUCUCUUUGCCGGCGUGAGUCUCGAGGGUAGCGCAAUAGUGGAGCGGAAGGAUGCGAAUGCCAAGCUCUAUGGACGACAAGUCAGUGCCAGGGAGCUUUUGACUGGUUCUGAGAGGCCACCUCCUCAGGCAGGACCGCUGAUGAGCAUUCUGAACUCCAGGGUGUUUGCUGGUGCACGCCAGGGCUCCUUCGAUGACGGCAUGUACAACGACAUUCCAGUGUAUUCUGACCAGCAUGACGACGUUGUUUGGAACGGUCAGCGUGGCAAUGCGUAUGGGGAGGGUCAAACGAGGAGCAGCAUGUACGGUGGAUCGCAAGAUCGGGGCUUUAACGACAAUGGAUAUGGCGGACCGAAGCGAGCAACGACUUGGCAAGAUGAUGUGUAUGAUCAGCCUCGAGGAUUUGGCUCAAGAUCGAACACGUUCCAAGAUGUCACAGUGCCCCGCGAGUAUCAACAACCUGAAGAGAAGAAGGCCGGUCCAGGACGUCCAGCAGCGCCAAAGCCGAACUUUGCCAGCAAACAGGCGCUGCUGAAAAAGAAUGAGGCCGUCGCCUUGUUUACGUUUGAGGCAGACCAACCUGGUGAUCUGGGCUUUAAAAAGGGCGAUAUCAUCACUGUCCUGAAGAAGACUGACAGCGAGAAUGACUGGUGGACGGGCAUGAUUGGCACAAAGCAUGGGAUUUUCCCAAGCAACUAUGUGAAGUUGAAAGAGUAG